CCUCUUCUAAAACCCUAGUAACCGAACUUUUCCCUCUGGCAUUCCUCUUGCUGCAGCUCUUCAGCCGAACACAAUGGGGGCUUACAAGUACGUGUCGGAGCUAUGGAGGAAGAAGCAAUCCGAUGUGAUGAGGUUCUUGCAGAGGGUGAGGUGCUGGGAGUAUCGCCAGCACCCUUCAAUUGUGCGCGCCACGCGCCCCACUCGACCCGAUAAGGCUCGCCGCUUGGGCUACAAGGCCAAGCAGGGUUAUGUGAUCUAUCGUGUACGUGUAAGACGCGGUGGAAGGAAGAGGCCAGUCCCAAAGGGUAUUGUGUAUGGUAAGCCCACAAACCAAGGUGUCACUCAGCUGAAAUUUCAACGCAGCAAGCGUUCAAUUGCAGAGGAACGUGCUGGACGGAAGCUGGGUGGUCUCAAGGUUCUCAACUCUUAUUGGAUCAAUGAGGAUUCCACUUACAAAUACUAUGAGGUAAUCUUGGUUGAUGCUGCUCACAAUGCAAUCCGGAACGACCCAAGAAUCAACUGGAUCUGCAAGCCUGUCCACAAGCACAGGGAGCUUCGGGGACUGACUUCUGCUGGAAAGAAAUACAGGGGUCUACGAGGAAAGGGACAUUUGCACCACAAGGCACGCCCUUCAAGAAGGGCAACCUGGAAGAGGAACAACACACUUUCUCUCCGACGCUAUCGCUGAUGCUGAUGCUGAUGCUGAUUUGGUGGUGUGCUUUUUUAUUAUAUCACCCUUGUUUUUGGGUUUUCUGUAUUAGCAACAUUUUAAGUCCACAUUUUGAGACAAAAAGUUGGGCCUUAGAGUGAGGGUUUGAAGUUGUUUUUCGGCAUCUUAAACUAGUUGGUUUGUGCCAUGAGAAGGUUACCCAUAUUUAUGUUUAUUGGUUCUCUCCCAAAAUUUUCUUGAGGAUUCUUGGUCAAAUCCGAAAACAUGGACAAAUGAAUGCAACGACGAAUUAACUGCAUCUCUCCUUACA